AUGGCCUCUGUUAUUGAUAACAGUGUGUCAGAGCCCCCUGAUUUCCUGGCUGCCAUGGCCUCUGCUGUGCCUGACAAGGAGGAGGUUGUCCAGAGCUCCCCAGAGGAGGAGCAGGAGGCUGCAGGGAAGGAGGUGGCCAGUCUGAGCCUGGUGAGCUCUGCCUGUGAUGUGGUUUGUGCAGCUUAUGCCUCCACCAAGGAGAGGCACCCCUGCCUGAGGUCCGUGUGUGAUGCUGCAGAGAAGGGAGUGCAGAGUGUGACCGAGGCCACGGCCAGCUGUGUGCAGCCAGUGCUGGCCACCCUGGAGCCCCAUGUUGCUGCAGUGAGUGAGUAUGCUUCCAAGGGUUUGGAUAAAGUGGGGGAGAAGCUGCCAGCCCUUCCGAAGCCAGUGGGACAGAUUCUCUUUGACACAAAGGAGCUGGUGUCAUCCAGAGUGGCUGAGGUGAAGGAGGCUGUGAGCAGCAAGGUGCAGGAGGUGCAGGAUAUCACAAAGGAGACUCUGCAGAGCAGUGAGGGGGCUGCCAGACCUGCAGUGACCGGAGCUGCUGGGCUGGUUCUGGAGCCUGGGGUGGGACAGACUGGUGUCUGUGGAGCAGAGACUGUGCUGGGGAAAGCAGAAGGUGACUCUCUCCCUGUUGGAAAUGAGAAGCUAGCCCAACUGGCAGUGUGUGAGGAGGGCAUAGAUGUGAUGCCCCUGGAGCACAGGAGGUACUUUGUGCACCUAGCUCUCUCUGAGGAACUUUGUCUCUUUACCUGUCCGCACUCCACAGCCAGGAUCAAGAAGAUCUGGCAGGGCAUGCAAGGGGCCCUGGCACAGCUCCACUGCAUCCUCAAGCUGACUGAGGCAUUUAAGCAAGGAUUUAAUCAAAAGCUUCAGGAGGGGCAGGAGAAACUACAGCAGAUGUGGCUGGACUGGAGCAGGAAGCAUCUCAAGGAGAGUGUGGAUGAAAGCCCUGCACAGCCAGAGGAGAUGGAGUGUCCGACCCUGCCCAUGGCACGCAGGAUCACCCAGCAGCUGCACCUCAGCUGCUCUGGGGUCGUGGCUGCCAUGCAGGGCCUGCCCUGCAGCCUGCAGGACAGGCUCAAACAGCCUCUCAGUGCCAUCAGGGAGCUGCAUGCUGCUUUCUCAGCAGCAAACUCCUUCCCGGAUUUGUCCAGCAGUGUGUUGACCCAGAGCCAGAGGGAGCUGGCUGUGAUCCGGGAGUACAUGGAGGAGCUGCUGGAUUACCUGAAGAACAUCACUCCUGUGUCCUGGCUGGUGGGACCCUUCUCCCCCAGGGGGGAUCAAUCCUCCCAGGAGGAGGCAGAGGCAGCAGGAGCUGAGCACCUGGAAACCUCCAGCACCCCCAAGUAA